GGUGAUUCGUGACAGCAAGUUAUAUCUUACUCGGUAACUCUGUCGGACGGGGUGCAAAUUCAUUUCUUCCCCAUUUUAACAAAAAGGCGUUGAAUUUUUUUUUGUUACCUUUGGGCAAAAGAAGAAAGACUUUGGAAAUUUCUCAAAUAACACCACAAAAUAUAAUUUCUGUUAAAUAAAAAUGGCUCCUACUGCAGGCAGCACAGUACCACCACCAGUCUCUUGGGCUCAAAGAAAUGAUUUGCUCUUUGUUAUAAUUGAUGUGGAAUGCAAGGACAUCGAGCACAGUGUUACAGAAAAUAGUUUCACAUUUAAGGGCACCAAUGCCUUGGAGGCCGAUAAGAAAUAUGAAGUCACAUUGAAUUUUUUGCAUCCCAUCAAUCCAGAGAAAGUGACGAGUAAAAACAUUGGACGUUGCCUUGAAUUUACCAUCUACAAAAAAGAGUCUGGUCCAUAUUGGAAAUCAUUAACCAAUGAUAAAACCAAAUUGCACUUCCUUAAAGCUAACUUCACCAAAUGGAAAAAUGAAUCCGACGACGAAGAUGAUUUCGCAAGUGAUAAGUUCAUGUUCAAUGAUAUGCUUAAAGGCGGUGAUAUGGAAAACAGAUUCGAUGACUUCAAUGUGGAUGAUGAUGACGAUUCCGAUGAUAAUAUUCCUAGUCUAUCACAGAAUGACGAAGAUGAUGAAGACAAUAAAGAUGCAGAAAAGAAAGAUGAACAAAAAUAGUUUAACAGUCACAACAUGUUAAACAUUAAAAACAGUCUUUAUAUACAUAAAACAACUUCUCUUAAUAUUAAUAGCAUGAACAUUAA